GGCGAGGAGACUAUAAAUGGGGGGUUGUUGGGAGCGGCAGGAGCCGCUAGACGCGCCUGAGAGCGGCGACGCGACCUUUCCCAAGCAGGGCGCUCGCUCGCUCGCUCGCCCGCCUGCACCGAGCGUGGGCUUCCUUCGUCGCGAAAGGAGAAAGCUCUUCCUGGCGCUCCCGAGGCUAGCGGGGCGCGGGCGAGCGCGGCUCCCACAGGUGGCGCGUGCGCGGCUCGGCGAGCGCGGCCUUCCCCGACCGAUGGAGGGCUGAGGUCCCGCUGCUCGGCCGAGCACGUGCGUGGGCGGGCGGCCCGCCUCCCUCCCGGGGGGAUGUGCGCGCCGCGUCCCGUCCCCGGGAAGCAUCUCCCUGUCGUCGUGGUCCUGAGCCUGUUUCUUGUUGAUUCAGUUGGUACCAUGACGGCAGGCCCCCAGCAGCUCCAGAAACAUGGCCCGGAUGUCCAAUGUCCAGCAGGACAAUAUCUGAAGACUAUUUUGGCCCGUAACAAAACAGGAGUGUGUGCACCCUGCCGCAGUGGGAUAGAUUUUACCGAGUACCCCAAUGGACUUCCCUCCUGCAUCCCUUGUCAGAUCUGCAAGCCAGGCCAGAAAGAGGAGAAGCCGUGUACCAUCACCCAGAAUACCCAGUGUCACUGCAAGUCUGGCACCUUCUGUCCAAAAGACCAUCCCUGCGAGAUUUGCAAAAAGUGUAAAUUCGAGUGCCCCAAAGGGAUGGUAGAAAUCAACCCUUGCAGCCCCUGGAGUGACUUGGAGUGUGCCAGACCUCUGACAUCAAACACAAGAAAUCAUUGGCUACGAUAUCUAUUGUUAGCACCAGUAUUGAUCUUCGUGGUUGGUCCCUUAAUUUUUUUCCUCCGUGGUUUUUGUGCAUAUCCUGAAGUUGAUCCAGAAAAAGCCAAGUCUCCUGAGAAAAUCGAGAUGACUGGCCUUCUAAAUCCACAGUCACUGUCACUAUUCCCAGCUGAUGGUAACCAUAUAAAGACUUUGGAGAAGUCUUUUUAUAUCUUUGAAGAGGAGGUACCUUGGGAAUCCUGGGACAAGUACAUGAGGCAGCUGGGGCUGAGCAACAAUGACAUCGUUUCAAUCAAACACACUGAGACGAAUGCUCAAGAACAUCCGCAUAAACUGCUUAUGAAAUGGCUGAAUAAAACUGGCAAAGAUGCCAGUGUGGAUUGUUUACUGAAGACCCUGGACCAGAUACACCAGAAAGCUGCCAGACAAAACAUUCAGGACAGACUCAUCAAGAGCAACCUCUAUAUCUGUCAGGAAAGAGAGGAUGAAAAAACAAAUUAAGGAAGGGGCUUCAGAUAUUGAUACAUGCUACCCUUCUUAUUCUGUGAAUACAUUAACUUUGAAUGAACAAUCAAAGAAUAACCAGACAUGAAGGAUAUGCAGAUACCUGAUUUCUAAGGAUUCAUGUUUUCCCCCAUUUGUAAAACCAAGAGAUAGUUGAUCAAGGGGUUCAAUUCAAGAUCAAUAUUUCUCAUGGGGUUUCUGGUCUUAGGAUGGGUAUCAGAAUGUCAUUGCUUUGUAUGCUCUAGAACCCACUGCCUUAAGGUAGCAGGGUAAGAGUUAUGUGUAGGGAUUAUUUAUAUAUUUAUCUUAAAAUUUGUGUCUAUAUGUUCAUGUAUACAUACACACACCUGUGUCGAUACUGGUUAUGGGGGCGCAUUAGCUGCCAAAAAAAAAAAAAAA